AUGGCAAAGAUAGCUACAAGUCUACGGCUGGAGCCGGCAGAGGAAGUGAUAUACAAGGUACUGAAACCUAUUGGCUCCGGAGCCAUGGGAAACGUAUACAAGUGCGAGAACAAGGAUGGAGAGUUGAUGGCAGUCAAGAAGGUCAAGCAUCGAAAAUCCGACGUGACUUUCCAAAUCAUGCGUGAAGUUAGAGUCCACAAAAGCCUACAGCACCCGCAUAUUGUGGAGAUAUUUUACCAUCAAUUCAACUACGAGGAAAUGGUUCUCGAGAUAUUCCUCGGACUCAAGGAAGGAAGCUUGGGUUCCUUGUUGGCCAAUACCGCAACUUUGACGAUGCCCAAAAACUUCGGAUUUAUUUCCAAUUACCUCAAGCAGAUGCUUGAGGCCCUCGAUUAUCUAGCAUCAGAGAAUGUCAUCCACCGCGACAUCAAGCCCGGAAACAUCCUCUACGUGAUGGAUUCCAAUAAGCAGCCAGUUUUCCAACUCGGAGAUUUCGGUCUUGCACACGACUUCUCUUCCGGCGAAAGGGUUCCGAAGAGCCGUGUUGGAACUACAGGCUAUAUGGCUCCAGAGGUGGAAGGCAAGCUGAUCCAAAAGCGUCAGACACAUAAGCUUGAUGUAUGGUCGUUAUUCAUGACUUUGGUAUGGAUCGUCAAUGUAGAUCGCUUCCGAACUAGGUCAAAGGUCACUCUCGGCCCCAAACAGUGCUUCGAACUUGCUGAGAAGGCUGCCAAGUCGCAAUUGAGUAUCUACUGGCAGAUGGCGGAGUUACAGCCUGAAGACAGAGCAUCUGCGGCCCAGAUGUUGGUCCUUCUCUACCAGGGCGAAGGCCUAUCGACGCCACGCAAUCAGAUCCCUCCCUUGAAGGUUGACAAGUCUUAG